ACAUACUCUACUAAGUUAACGGUGUGUCACCACUUAAGGCGGCUGACGGGAACUAGGAUGUAAUCAUUGUAUUAAGUGACAUAUAUGAGCGAUGUCGUAUGUUGUGUUGAUGGUGGAAUAGGGGGGCUACUGUAAUGGAUGUCAGUGCACCGGGAGCCAACGGAAACAAGCGCAUGGAAUAUCGCGGUGGUGGGGACCAGCACCAGGCAGGUAAACCUAUGACGAUCCUGUGUGUUGCCGAAUGUUCACUGCGGAGCGGCCAGGAGUGCAACACACCAAGGUCCAAUGCUGCAAGUCUGUGAGCAACGCCGACCGCUAACAUGCUUCGUGUGAAGAGCGUGCGCAUGCGCUGUGCAUUUAGAUACUUGUUUUGUGUAUUUGUGUUAAUACUGACGUUUAUCUCUAUACAUUUAGCCUUUAUAUCUGACAGAUAUGUAGGUGUUUUCCAUAAUUCUAUACAAGACGUUUUCCACCUAAAGCAAGCUCAUGAUAAACACUCAUCGAGACAAAAACUCUCAAAUCUCAUAAGUCUUUCAACAAAAAUAAAACGUUAUGAAAGGUUCAGCGCGUCGGCGCUAACAUGGGAACAGUACCAAAACGACCCAUCCGCCAUCACUGGAAAUGAUCUCAUCGAUAAAUACGGGCGCGGGGACCCUGGGCUGCCGGGGGAGAAUGGGACGGGGGUAGUGUUCCAGGGGGAGGAGCGAAGUGAAGCGGAGCGGCUUAUACAGAAGUACAACGUCAACGUGUACGCCAGCGACCGCAUUCCGCUCAACCGGAUGGUCCCCGACGCUAGGUUUAAGGGGUGCCGUGGGAUUCCGUACGCCACGGAGCUGCCGACGGCAAGCAUCAUCAUCCCUUUCUUUGACGAGUGGCCCUCCAUCCUACUGCGUACACUCUACAGUCUCGUGAACAGGACGCCCCGGAAGUUGCUUCACGAGAUCAUACUUGUCGAUGACGGCAGUCUGAUGCCGGAGCUUGGGAAGCAGCUGGACGACUAUCUGGUCACGCAUUUCCCGCAGGGCCUAGUCCGCAUCAUCCGGGUACCUGAGAGGCAGGGACUCAUCCAGGCGAGGCUCAUGGGAUACCGGAACUCCACCGGUGACGUCAUUAUCUUCUUCGACAGUCACAUGGAGGUUAACAUUGAUUGGUUGCAGCCGCUUCUAACUGAGGUCAAGGCUGACCGGCGGACUGUUGCUAUGGGCAGCCUGGACUACAUUCAGUUAGACACGAUGGAGUAUAAGUUUUACAAAGACUACAUGACGCGCUAUGGAUUCGAUUGGCGACUCGUGUUCUUCGAGACGUUCUUCCGCGCUGACCAGGUCGGUCCGCGUCCAGAAUCCACACGGCCGGGGACAGUAAUGGUGGGGGCAGCCUACGCUAUAGACCGGAAAUACUUCGGAGAGAUGGGGACGUACGACGAGGGUAUGCGGGUGUGGGGCGGCGAGAAUCUUGAGAUGGCCUGGCGGAUCUGGCUUUGUGGUGGCCGGCUGGUGCACGCACCCUGCUCGCACAUCGGUCACGUGGCACGCUCGCAGCCGUACACGUUCCCAGGCGGCCGGGAGGCGGUAGAGCAGUACAACUACAAGCGGGCUGUUGAGGUUUGGAUGGAGGACGAGCACAAGGAGCUCAUCUAUAACACAUUCCCACACAUGAAGAAGAUGGACGUAGGUGACCUGUCCGAGCGGCUUGCGCUCAAAAGGCGGCUCCAAUGCCGUCCAUUCUCCUGGUUUAUGGAGAAUAUCUGGCCGGAACUAUUCGUCCUCAACAGGAACGUCACCGCAUGGGGAUCCGCUAGGAAUCUGAAUACAAAUAAGUGUUUAGACAAUCACAACUAUUUGUUCCAAGCAGAUGAGCCACUAUUUGCUGAUAACUGCCACUACCAGUUCGCCGCUCAGGGCUUCUCACUGACGACAGGGCGGCGGCUGAGGACGUCCUUGCAGUGCGUGGUGGUGAAGGGCAGCGUGUCGGGGACCAGACCGAGACUGGAAGACUGCAUCAUUGGGCCGCAGGGCGACACAUGGACCCAUCAACAGAGCGGAUCGUUAAAGCAUGACCCGACUGGCCUGUGUCUCGACCUUGACGAUCAGGGACCCGUGAUGAAGACGUGUAAUGCCACCUCAAUCACCCAGCUGUGGCAGUUCAACACUUACGUUCAUUAGCCACGCCCCCUCGGACAAACUGAUACGAAACUGGUUGAUAAACUAUAAAACACUGCCUACGGUGAUAUUCAAAGGAGAUAUUUAUUCAAACAAGCAGCAUGUUAUCCGAAGACAUCUUGGAACUUUAAAUACAGCAAAAUGUUGUAACCCGACGUGCAUACAAGUCAGACAAUUUACGGGUUGUCACUAUAUGAGAAAAAAACGUUACCCAUGUACUUGCACAACUGGCCCCAAUUUCUCGAAACCGUUUAGGCCUAACAGGAUUAAGUACCUUAUUUCAAUUAGCCAAAAUGUGCUUUCUUAAAUUGAAUUCCCAUAUACGAGAAAUGGGCUAUUGUGAUUUUCAUAAAGAUUUCCCUAUCUUAUUAUAUAAAAAACUCUAAAAGAAGUAAAUAUUACGCAAAUUAUUGAAAAUAAAAAAUAGUGAGCUUAGCUUAAUCCCGUUAAAAUGGACUUUAGAAGUUUCGAGAAAUUGGGGCCAGGCCCUUAAAAAGGCAUCCAUAGUAGCACACUUGCAAAAUAAAGAGUUGUACAUUAAUGUAUGUGCGAGAAAUACAUAGCAAGUUCAAACAAACCAUAACACUUUAUUACAUGAAUUCUAUGGCCAUGUCAUCAAAAGUAAUCGCAAAGGACAGCAAAAUCAACAAGACCAUAAACUUUGUUUUUACACGGUGGUGCUGAUCAUAUAAUGCAUUGUUAUAUUGCAUGCCACAGGAAGACAUAUCAGGGUGGGAUCUUAUGUUAACUAGAGAAAUUAUUCUAUGGAAAAAAACACAACAUAUUUCCUAGAAACAAUGGCAUCAUAAAGUUUAAUUUAAACACAUUCCUGUCGUUAUGAGGGCUUAGAUCUUACGUGCAAAUGCAUUAAUGGGACCGUAAAUUCUCAUCACUUUAAUUGUUUGAAGAUUAAUCAAUUUAUUUUUUGUUUUAAUGCUGAUUUUAUUUUAUGAUUGUCAGAGUUGCUAAGCAGUGAAUAUUUCGAGGAAAAUGUGUUCAAAGAAAGCCCUUGAAAAACUGAUUUAAUUUUUUUCAUUGGAUUUACGUUACAUUCACAUGAACUGGCGAAUAUUGUGUCAAUGCGUAGCAUACCAUACACGUAGGGAUUACUUUAACCGACGUCGUCGUCCGCAUCGUUUUCGAUUUAUAAAUUUUGAACGACUUGUUGUAGAGUCUUCAACAUUUUGGUCACUCUCAGUAGAUGACCCCUAUUGAUUUGACCAGUUAGAGCAAUGAUGUGCGCCCUUGACAGCCGACACGUCCGAUUCGCGGGAUUCUAGUUGUAUUUAUAUAUGUUUGUUUUGUUGCAGAGUUGUCCAUUUUUUUAUUUAUUUUUGUCUAGUAAAUGUGGUAGGGUUCUUGUGGGGGACACCAAAGUUAGGUAACUAGUAUUACAGAUGCACUCUUACUCCCAAAUAAGAUUUACCACAUUGUUUAAAUAUUCCCAAAAAAGGAUGAAAAAUGUCAAAAACAAUGGUUCUUACGAAGGAUACCGAGUUUAAUUUAAAAGAAACGUGCAUAAAACACAAUAUUUCGACCUUAUGAGACUAUAGUAAAUAACAGUAACUCUUUAAACCUUCACCUAUCAUUUAAUAUUUUUACGUUUUCAGCUAUUAAAUACACGGUUAUAAUCUUGUUAUCAGUAAUCAAUAUUAUCCAUAAAUGCAUUCUUUAGUAGUUAAAAUUUUAUCAGUCAAAAUUUAUGUUUGUUAUACUUGUGUAUGUUUUGAUUUUGAAUAAGAGUGUCACUCUAACUUUUCAAAGGUACAAUCGUUGUAUACAUAAGCAUUGUUUUGUUACAGAACCCAGAUGCUUUCAAUAUUUAUUUGUGUUAAUUUAGUUUAAUAUUUGUUGUUAUAGAGUGUUCGUUGUUGGAAUGGAUAUCAAUGUGCCAUGAUUUGAAAAUAAAUCAGCAUUUCAA